UGUAGAAAAUCCAUCUCUCAAGGUUCGUUCUAAUAGAUGACGAGCUCAACGAUCGCUGCCAGGAUCUGACGAUGCCAAUACUCGUGUAAAAGCAGAGGCAUGCCUCAAGUUCUUAAGGCUGAGUCUGCAGGAAGUCUCGUACGAAAAGAAGAGAAAUUUCAGUUGCUCCGAGUUAUGAUUCAUUUCUUUGUCUAUCUUGUUACUGUAUCCAGUGGUCUUGGUGCGUUCGGUUAUUUGACCUUGCUACCAGCAUCAGCAUCCAUCCUGCAUCCACUACUUUGACGGUCCGCUAUAAAGCAAGUUCGUUCUUCACACAAACAGACAACCACCACGAAACACUUUGUGAUAUUAAGCAAGAUCUUCGCAAGGCUUUAUUGCCAAGCCGUGAGCCAAGGCUGAGAUUUCAUAGGCGUGACGCAAGAAUGAAAGAAAUUCAGCCGUGAAGGGUGAUAUUUGCCACCCUACAGCCGACCGAGACGGCGAUUAAGUCGCAUGAUCGGCCGGUGGUGGGACCCAUUCAGCGGCGCCGGACCUUUUGAUGCCUCUGAGAGGUCAAAUGCUGACGGCUCGUUCAGUUGAAUGGCAAGUGGUGGCAGAAUUGAUGCAAUAAUUGAGCAGGUGAAGUGCAAUUAGAGUCAUCGGUAUGGCACGCGCCUCAAGAGGUUGACAACCAUCAGAUCGCCCUACGCUAAGGAGAAUUAUUUAAACAGGGUGAGGUCUCUAACAAGGUCUGUGGGAAUAGAAAACUUUCGGAACACGCAAUUCACUUGAAUCAAAUCCACAUAUAAUUAAAAAUAACAAUACGAUAAACAAUACGGAUAACGAUGCCGGGAGAACUCGUGUACCACGACGGCCACUAUCACCGGACUUCGGCAGACCGGCCGGAACAACGGCAUAACCAGAAACGCCCUCAACAUGGAUUGCUGCAAAAGACUCACGAUGCCUGGGGUCGGGUCCUUUAUGGCGUUGGUAGCGUCUAUUACAAGAUUCGAGGACAAUGAACGACGGAAGAUGAUGACGACGCAUAUACGAGAGAGGAAUGGAAUCGAUGAUCCAAAAGAAUGACUGCAACUCGACCCGCCAUCGACAGAACCGUACUCCACUGUUCAUGUUCCGUCUAUCCAUCAACACGAUCAAGCUUCGAGUCGUCGUCGUCUGAACCACUAUAUAUGAUGAUGAUAGACAGGUCCCAGCGCUGAUCAAGGAGAAAUAACAAAGAACCCGUCCAAAAAUAUCACAGUCAAGCUCAUGCCAGAAUGCAAGCUGGGUCAGGGAUGGAUAUUAUGGGCUCCAUAGAUGUGCACAAGCGUCUAUGCUCUGCUUUGCAUCGGUUUCAGAGUACGAUGGGUGGAGGAACCAACCAGGAAACAGGAGUGAGAGAUACAGUGUCCCUGAUAGGAAUGACACGCGCCUCUGAAAGGAUUGACGAACCCUUUGAGACAAAGAUACCAACCGGGCCGAGCAUACACAUCCCGGAAGGGAAAUCGAAAUCAACGCAACACGAACACACGUAAGCUCAUUGUUCGACCCGUUGCACCCAAUUCAGCCGCCGUUGUUAAUCAACUUCCGAAAAUUAUCAGCCAAGAGGACAAGACAUAGGCAUUUAAUAUCAUGAUAUUGCAAUUCCGUAUUCAUCAUGCCAAGUGAACGCGGUCAAGUCGUAGACAAUGAGUCCCACCGCAAGCGACUCGAGACAAUUUCCCAAGUGUCAUUCAAUGUCGUAUACAUGCUCAAGGCGAGAUGCAGAAUCAAUGGCGGCUCAGACCAAACCCAGGUGAGACCCCUGAUGUUUUGUCGUAGAACGGAUAUUCGGUGGAGAUUGUCCCCUAUUCUGUACAGUGCAAUCUCGUGAGACACUAACAAACCAUGCACCGGACGAGGCCAAGCUUUUGCUAAGGCGACAUAGAGCUACGGUGUGCAUUGACUCCAAGCACUAUACCACCGUCAACAAGAUGAGAUCCCUCUGCAGCAACCCCUGAUUGGCCACGGAUGGCGCCGGGCAAGACCUAAACAAGCUUCAAUCUCUGAACUGCGCCUCGCAAUCGACAGGGGUUCUUUGUCCCGUGGUUGGUUCAUUCGUCAAUCCUCGAGGGGAUCUGCUUGUUUUCGGGGACCGACCUUUUCACCGUAGCAGGCACAGUGCCGCUCUUCCACUACAACACAGCCGCUGCCAAACCCUUGCCAGGACAAUUAGCGGCUUGGGUAACUGAAGUUCAGGGGGGAGGGGCCACUCCAGAAGCCCAGGGAUGGUCCCGUAGCUAGACUGCUUUAGUGUCAGUGCUAGCCACCCCAUGCAUUCCAUUUUCCAUUUACUUUUCAAAUCGCCCCAUCCCUCGAAUUCCAUCUUCCUUCUCUCUUCCUUCAUCAAACCUUCGCUAACCUUUAAUUCUUCAUCGCCGUUUUUUCUUAUCGGUUCUCGUUACUUUGAGGCCGAUUUUUAACUUUUCCCGACACUCAUUUACAAACGCUCUUGCUACUCGAUCCGAUUGCCUCUCUUCCGGCCCAUUCGUCGCGAACUGAAGGAAAAAGGGGUUUCAGCAUUCCAACAACAAUUUACGCGUUGAACAAAAUCAUCGCCUCAUUCUAGUCAUUCAUUACUCUCUGUUCUUUUUACUUGCCGUUUGAUACACAACACAAUGAAGUUUUCCGCUGCCAUUGUCGCUGCGGCGGCCACGGCUGCCAGCGCCAAGCUGGAGCCUAUCACCAUGAAGGGAUCCAAGCUCUUCUACUCCAACGGAACUCAGUUCUUCAUGAAGGGUGUUGCUUACCAACAGGAUACCGCCGCCGCUGGUGAGACCAACGACAAGACUACCAAGUACAUCGAUCCUCUCGCCGAUGAGGAUGCUUGCAAGCGUGAUAUCCCUCUCCUCAAGCAGCUCGGUACCAACAUCAUCCGAACUUACGCCAUCAACCCCAAGGCCGACCACAAGGCCUGCAUGAAGCUGCUCGACGAUGCUGGAAUCUACGUCAUCUCUGAUCUUUCUGAGCCCAGCGUCUCCAUCAACCGUGAUGACCCCAAGUGGGAUGUUGAGCUGUACGAGCGCUACAUCGGAGUUGUCGAUGAGCUUGGCCAGUACGACAACGUCGUCGGUUUCUUUGCCGGUAACGAGGUCUCCAACAACGUCUCCAACACCCAGGCUUCUGCUUUCGUCAAGGCCGCCGUUCGUGACACCAAGAAGCACAUCAAGAGCAAGUUCUCCCGCUGGCUUGGUGUCGGUUACGCCUCCAACGAUGAUGUCGACAUUCGCGAGCAGAUUGCCGACUACUUCAACUGCGGUGACGACGACUCCCGCAUCGACUACUGGGGUUACAACAUCUACUCUUGGUGCGGUAAGAGCAGCAUGCAGGACUCUGGUUACGCUGACCAGGCCAAGUUCUUUGAGAACUACUCUGUUCCCGUCUUCUUCGCUGAGUAUGGUUGCAACGAGCCCGAUGGCGCUGCUGGCCGUAUCUUCGAUGAGACCACCGCCCUGUACGAGGAGAAGGUCAUGACCGAUGUCUUCAGCGGUGGUAUCGUCUACAUGUACUUCCAGGAGGCCAACGACUACGGUCUCGUCAAGAUCAGCAAGAACGGUGAUGCUGUCAAGCAGAAGGACUUUGCCCAGCUCCAGAAGAAGGCCAACGCCGCCAAGCCUUCCGGUGUUGAGGAGGACAGCUACAAGCCCACUGGCAAGGCCGCCACCUGCCCCGAGCAGUCCAAGAACUGGAGGGCCAACAGCGUCCUUCCCCCUGUCCCCGACUCCGACCUCUGCGACUGCAUGGUCAAGAGCCGAAGCUGUGUCCCCGCUGAUAACCUGAAGGCUAAGGACUUUAACGACAUCUUUGGCUACAUCUGCGGCCAGGACAAGAAGAUCUGCACCGCUAUCAACGCCAACGCCACUGCCGGUAUCUAUGGUGCCUACAGCAUGUGCUCCAACGAGGCUAAGCUUGCUUACAUCCUCGACGCCUACUACACCUCCCAGAAGUCCGCUGCCGAUGCUUGUGACUUCAAGGGCAAGGCCACCACCCAGAAGGCCGAGAGCCAGGACUCUUGCAAGUCUGCUCUCGCCUCCGCCAGCAAGAUCAACGAGGAGGUUGCCACUGCCACCCACGCCGUCGCUUCUUCCUCCACCGGUGGUUCCAACAGCAGCAGCGAGGACGACGAGAACUUUGGUCUCCAGGCUGCCUCCAUCGCCCGCGUCUUCUCCCUCGGUGACUUCGCCGUUGGCGCCUACAUGGCCGUCGCUGGUGUUGUCGGUGCCGGCAUGGUCCUUCUGUAAAAGGGAGGUUCUUGGAUGGACCGAUCUUGGUAUGAUUAAGGUUUCUUGCGGUGGCUUUUUAGGAACGUGCGCUUUUACUAGUUGUGUUUUUUCCUUUUUGUGUAUCUAGCAUCGCCGGUGUUGCAUGGCUUGUGAUUAGAACGAGAUAGAUGUCUAAUGCCAUCUUGCGCGAUUGCUAUGCCAGUCUGUGAAGUGCUUGGGUGAAAAUUAUACAUUUGUAAUGUAAUAGAAUACCUUGAUCUUGACUCGGGUGUGAGUAGAUGACUUGCACAUGGAGCGGUUCCCAGCUUUUGUGAGUAAGUAGAUGCUAUCUCUCGACGUCGAGUUUCUCAAGGCACACUGGAAUUAUAUCAACCCUGUAUCUGUACCGUCGAGCCUUGGACCAUGCCAAAGGGGCUUAAACGCCUUUGCCGCAUUUUGCUCUCAAGCCAACACAUACGAAGCAAUGGACAAGAACCUCGUGGAACAACGGCAAGAGGCCAUCAAGGGGUUAGGAACCUAAGGCUCAGGUUAGGUUUAGAAUACUUGUAAAACUAAUGAUGAGUUCAUCAUAAUUUGAGAAGGCUCUUAUGAGGAGUUUAUGAAGAG